GUCGAGGCGGCCAAGCCUGUUCCUCUUCCCCGGUCGCGAUUGCGACAGGCCGGCCUCUGCUCCCAGAGCUCCCUGCCCCCGCCCCCGGCCGGCUCUCUCCACUCCCACUUCCUGAGCCCGGCGCUGGAGCCCUGGAGGCCAGGCCCGGCCGCUCCCGGCCCCCGGGGGCACGUCGGCCCAGCCGCCAGGCUUGGGAAGUCGUGGCCAACGCUGCUCAGGACGUCCGGGCUUCCCACCUUCCUCCCAGGCCUCCACCCGGUCUGGUCAGCCGACCCGAAAGGCCGCCAUGCGCCUGCCUGGGGCCUCUCCCUGCGGCCUGGUCUGGGGGCCACUUCUGCUGGGACUCUGCGGGAUCCUGAUGGCAGCCCAGCCCCCGCUGGUGAGGGAGGGGCUAGGUGGGAUGGGCCAGGUGCCCCCGUAUCGCAUAGAAAACCAAACUUGCUGGGACCAGGAGAAGGAAUACUACGAGCCUAAGCAUCAAGUCUGCUGCUCCCGCUGUCCUCCAGGCAAGUUUGUCUCCGCCAUAUGCAGCCACAGCCAAGACACAGCUUGCGAGACUUGCCCCGAUAAUUAUUACAAUGAAUACUGGAACCACCUCUCCAUCUGCCAGCUCUGCCGCUCCUGUGACCCUGUGCUGGGCUUCGAGGAGGUUGCCGCUUGCGCCAGUGAUAGAAAACCUGAGUGUCGCUGUAAGCCAGGGAUGACCUGUGUGUAUAUGGACAAGGAGUGUGUGCACUGCGAGCAACCUGUAGUGUGCCAGCCUGGCACGGAAGCCGAGGUUACAGAUGAAGCUAUGGAUACUGACAUCACCUGUGUCCCCUGCAAGCCAGGAUAUUUCCAGAACACUUCUUCCCCUACAGCCCGCUGCCAACCCCAUACCAGAUGUGAGACCCAGGGCCUGGUGGAGGUGGCUCCAGGCAGCGCCAGCUCUGACACCAUCUGUAGAAAUCCAUCAGAGCCAGGAACAAUGCUGCUGCUGGCCAUUCUGCUGCCACUGGUCUGUCUUCUGCUCUUCAGCACCACCCUGGCCUGCACCUGGAUGAGGCACCCCUCUCUCUGCAGAAAGCUGGGUACUCUGCUCAAGCGGCAUCCAGAGGGAGAAGAAUCUCCCCCAUGCCCCCCUCCAAGAGCCAACCCAGAUUUCCCUGAUCUGGCCGAGCCACUACUACCCACGUCUGGGGACUUGUCCCCAGCCCCUGUUGGACCCCCAGUGACUCCAGUCUUGGAGAAAGUGGUGCUUCAACAGCAGAGUCCCCUGGUCCAGGCUAGGGAGCUGGAGACUGAGCCUGGGGAACACAGCCAGGUGGCCCACGGUGCAAAUGGCAUUCAUGUGACCGGAGGCUCAGUGACCGUCACUGGCAAUAUCUAUAUAUACAAUGGGCCAGUGCUGGGGGGGACACGGGGUCCUGGAGAUCCCCCCACUUCCCCUGACCCUCCAUACCCCACUCCUGAAGAGGGAGCCCCGGAUCCUUCUGUGCUCUCCACACCUUACCAGGAGGAUGGCAAAGCUUGGCAUCUGGCUGAGACAGAGACACUAGGGUGCCAUGCCCUCUGACAGGGCCAAGGAACCUACAUGCUGCCUGAUGCCUGAUGGUAUCUGAGAAAGGCAAGGAGGACAGAGAGUCCAGCACCUUCUCCUCGAGGCUGCUCUACCCACCAGAACUCACAGGGUCUGGAGAGGCUCUGAGAGCAGAAGCCUAAGAGACUAAGCCUCAGACACCUCUUGAGAGCAGAACCGGACACUGGCAAGGCACAGUGCCUGCCCGGGACUCUGACUACUGUCUGAGCCAGCCUGAGACUUUGUGGCGGACCCACCAGUCCCAGAGGCUGCACACAUUGAGCCUCAGACACAGGCGAGGCUUGUGACCCUAGCUGCUGCCCACCAUGCCUCCCUGCCCCUUAAACAUGGCAAAGGAGGGAGCAGGUCACAGGGUCAGUGGCAAGGACAUCCCCGGGACCUUGCAAGGCUUCGUGGUGCUCAUCCUCAACUUUCACAGGCCUUGAGGGCUCAUACCAUGUGGACCAAGACAGACCCUGGGUGAAGAUAAAGCCACGUGGAGGAGCAUCCCUCCCUUGCUCCUGGGGGAGAGGAUGGUGAGACAGUGAGAGUGGGGGUUUGGAUAUCGUUAUCAGGUAUCCAGGAGAACAGGAGAAAAAAUGGCAAGUGUAUUUAUAAAUUGUAACCACCUGCAAAUAAAGUCAAGAUUGAGAGCC